UCCUGCAUCUAAUCAAAUUAUCAAAGCAAGAAAUCAACUGCGCAACAAUGGCUUCGAGGUACUGGGUGGUUUCUCUUCCGGUUCAGCACAACUCAUCUACUACUUCUCUAUGGAGUCGCCUUCAAGAAUCCAUAUCCAAGCAUUCAUUCGACACUCCUCUUUAUAGAUUUAACAUCCCUAAUCUCCGUGUCGGUACAUUGGAUUCGCUUCUAGCUCUCAGCGAUGAUCUCGUCAAGUCAAAUACCUUCAUUGAAGGGGUCUGCUCCAAGACACGACGUCAGAUCGAGGAAUUGGAGAGGAUUUCUGGGGUUCUCAGUAGCUCUCUGACUGUGGAUGGGGUUCCUGUUGACUCAUACCUCACUAGGUUUGCAUGGGAUGAGGCAAAGUAUCCAACAAUGUCACCACUUAAGGAGAUUGUGGAUGGAAUUCACAGCCAAGUUGCCAAGAUUGAGGAUGACCUUAAGGUUCGUGUUUCUGAGUAUAACAAUGUGCGCAGUCAACUUAAUGCCAUCAACCGAAAGCAGACCGGAAGCUUAGCUGUCCGUGAUCUGUCCAGUUUGGUAAAGCCGGAAGAUAUUGUUACCUCAGAACACUUAACAACUCUCCUUGCUGUUGUUUCUAAAUACUCACAGAAAGACUGGUUAUCAAGUUACGAGACCCUGACCGGCUAUGUGGUCCCCAGAUCUUCUAAGUUGCUCCAUGAGGACAAUGAAUAUGCUCUUUAUACUGUAACAUUAUUCAACCGUGAUGCCGACAAUUUCAAGAUUAAGGCGCGUGAAAGAGGCUUCCAGGUUCGCGAUUUUGAACAUAAUCCAGAGACACAAGAAAACCGGAAACAAGAGCUGGAAAAACUGAUGCAAGACCAAGAGACAUUAAGAAGCUCUCUGUUGCAGUGGUGCUAUACCAGUUAUGGGGAGGUUUUUAGCUCCUGGAUGCACUUCUGCGCUGUGCGUAUCUUUGCUGAGAGCAUUUUGAGAUAUGGCUUGCCUCCGUCAUUUUUGUCUGUUGUAUUGGCACCCUCUAUCAAAAGUGAGAAGAAAGUACGUUCCAUUCUCGAGUCACUCUGCGACAGUUCAAACAGCAAUUUCUGGAAAGCUGAGGAUGAAGGAGGAAUGGCUGCUUUUGGAGGUGAUACAGAGGCUCAUCCUUACGUCUCCUUCACCAUAAAUCUUGUUUGAGUUCGAGGAAUGGCUUUUGUCUGUCCAUCGCAAUUGGUUUGAUUUUAGUUGCCCAUCAGCAAUAAGGGCAGGUUGCCCACUUGUACAAUAGAGAGGAUUGUCCAAUUAUUAUUUUUUAAUAUUAUAUGUUUAUUGUAAAACAUAUUUUUUAACUUCCUCCUGCCUCCUUUAUAGGAGUUGAUUGUAUUCCAAAUUAGUACUCCACUGGAUCGAAUAUUUUAAUGAUAUUUUGCUACGUAUUGGGAGCCUUUUUUCCAUCGAGAUAAUAAAUGUAAUUUGUUCUUGUUUUAAGCGUGUAA